AUGGCUCCAAUGGCGAAUCAGACGGAGAAAAUGGAAGUUGACGAGCCAAAGAUCGAUACAAAGGACAAAGAGGGACAAGACGCGAAAAAAGAGGAAACACCAAAGGAUCUCAACGCGGUCGCGCUCGAGAAUUUGAAGGAACAAUGCGCUCUCUUGGACAAAGGCGAAUACUAUUUGAUCGGUCGAGUGCUUCACGUGUUGCACAAGACGCGCAAGCAAAUCAACACCGAGGUUCUACAUAAGCUCAUCUCGACCACUCCUUUCGCGUCGGCCGCUGACAAGGAGCAAUUGCUGAAAUGGAUCCCGGCUCCACCCGCUAAACCGGCCGCCACUAACGAGAUAGCUCCAAUGGAAGUCGAUGCAAAAGCUUCAAAAUCGCCACGUCCAUUCCGACGCCCAGCUCUGAGCUCUUCUGAAACGGAUCUCUACAUCUACUUGCUCACCAUGUUGCACUUGUUUGAUGUAAACGAUUUGGCAAACUCUGAGGAGGCAGCUAAGCAUUUGAUUCAACGUUUCGAUCAACUUGACAAACGGACAUUGGAUCCAAUUGUCGCCAAGGCUUACUUCUAUUUGGCGCUGAUUGCUGAGAAGAAUGGCCGGCUCGAUGCGGAAAGAGAUUUUCUGAACGCUCGUCUUCGCACGGCCACCCUUCGAUGCUACACCGAAUCACAGGCGGUGCUCAUCUACACCCUUCUGAGAGCGUAUCUUGUCGGAAAACACUACCCAAGUGCCGUUAAACUUGUUUCAAAGGUGACGUUCCCCGAGGGUGCUUCAAAUAAUGAUCUCGCUCGUUUCCUCUACUACCAAGGACGCAUCAAGGCCAUGCAGCUCGACUAUAACGCGGCUGCUGGAUACUUUUUACAAGCUAUUCGCAAAGCUCCCCAGGAUUCAGCAAUUGGAUUCAAGCAAAAUGUACAAAAGUGGAUUGUUGUCGUUGGAUUGCUUCAGGGUGAGAUUCCCGAGCGCUCGGUAUUCCGUCAGCCGAUCUACCGCUACUGUUUGGCUCCAUAUUUGGCGUUGACGCAAAGUGUUCGUGUUGGCGAUCUUGUCUCAUUCAACGAGAUUGUUGAUGAACACAAUAAGAUCUUCGAGAAAGACGAGACGUUGACGUUGAUUGUUCGACUUCGACAAAAUGUCAUCCGGGCCGCCAUUAAACAGAUUGCUUCCGCGUACUCGAGGAUUUCCAUUAGAGACAUUGCCACAAAGUUGCAGCUUCAAACCGAAAUUGAGACUGAGUAUAUGGUUGCUAAAGCUAUUGCUGAUGGAGGAAUUGAGGCUCAAAUCGUUUCCGAGGGUACUGAUGGAAAACGGUAUAUGCGCAGCAACGAGAUGGCGGACGUUUAUCGAACUGAUGAGCCCCAACAUCACUAUGACAAUCGCAUUCGCUAUUGUCUCGAGUUGCACAACCAGGCCGUGAAGGCGCUCCGUUUCCCGCCCAAAGACAAACCCGAUGUGGAGACGAUUGAACAGCAACGGGAACGAGAGCAACAGGAGCUCGAGUUUGCCAAGGAGCUCGCCGAGGAGGACGAUGACGAUUUC